AUGUCCUACGGCGGCGGAUACGGUGGUGGUCGCGGCGGCGGCGGUGGCUACGGCGGUGGUCGUGAUCGUCAGGACAGAGGCGGUCGCGAUGGCGGCUACGGCGGCGGUGGCUACAACGGUGACAGCAACGGAUACGGCGGUGGUGGUGGUGGUGGUGGUGGCUACGGCGGCGGCGGCGGUGGCGGUUUCGGCGGUGGUGGUGACCGCAUGAACAACCUUGGCGCUGGUCUUCGCACACAAGAAUGGGAUCUCAACACGAUGCCCAAGUUCGAGAAGUCUUUCUACAAGGAGCACGAGGAGGUCGCCAACCGCAGCCCAGAGGAUGUCGAGUCCUUCCGCCGCAAGCACCAGAUUGCCAUUGCUGGCAGCGAUGUCCCCAAGCCCGUCGAGACCUUCGACGAGGCUGGUUUCCCCAGAUAUGUCAUGGACGAGGUCAAGGCCCAGGGCUUCCCCGCUCCUACUGCCAUUCAGUCCCAGGGUUGGCCCAUGGCUCUCUCCGGUCGCGAUGUCGUCGGUAUUGCCGAGACGGGUUCCGGAAAGACGCUCACCUACUGCCUUCCCGCCAUCGUCCACAUCAACGCCCAGCCUCUGUUGGCCCCCGGCGAUGGUCCCAUUGUCCUGAUCCUCGCCCCCACCCGUGAGCUUGCCGUCCAGAUUCAGCAGGAGAUUUCCAAAUUCGGCAAGUCUUCCCGCAUCCGCAACACCUGCGUUUACGGUGGUGUCCCCAAGGGUCCCCAGAUUCGCGACCUCUCCCGCGGUGUCGAGGUCUGCAUCGCCACCCCCGGACGUCUCAUCGACAUGCUCGAGGCCGGCAAGACCAACCUUCGUCGCGUCACCUACCUUGUGCUCGACGAGGCUGACCGCAUGUUGGACAUGGGUUUCGAGCCCCAAAUUCGCAAGAUUAUCGGCCAGAUUCGCCCCGACCGUCAGACUCUCAUGUGGUCCGCCACUUGGCCCAAGGAGGUUCGCGCUCUUGCGUCCGACUUCCUUUCCGACUUCAUCCAGGUCAACAUCGGUUCCAUGGACUUGGCUGCCAACCACCGCAUUACCCAGGUCGUUGAGGUUGUCAACGAGAGCGAGAAGCGUGACCGCAUGCUCAAGCACCUUGAGAAGAUGAUGGACAACAAGGAGAACAAGGUUCUCAUCUUCGUCGGUACCAAGCGUGUCGCUGACGAGAUUACCCGCUUCCUUCGCCAGGACGGAUGGCCUGCGCUUUCCAUCCACGGUGACAAGCAGCAGAACGAGCGUGACUGGGUCCUCGACCAGUUCAAGACGGCCAAGUCUCCCAUCAUGGUCGCGACCGACGUCGCGUCGCGUGGUAUUGAUGUUCGCAACAUUACUCACGUGCUGAACUACGACUACCCCAACAACUCGGAGGACUACAUCCAUCGUAUUGGUCGUACCGGUCGUGCUGGUGCCAAGGGUACCGCCGUUACCUUCUUCACCACUGACAACUCCAAGCAGGCUCGUGACCUUGUCAACGUCCUCAGAGAGGCCAAGCAGGAGAUUGAUCCCCGUCUCGCUGAGAUGACCCGCUUCGGUGGCGGCGGCGGCGGUGGUGGUCGUUACGGCGGCUGGGGCCGUGGCCGUGGUGGUGGCCGUGGCGGCGACAACGCUAACAACGCUCCUCUAGGAGGCGGUCGUCGUUGGUAA